AUGGCUGAGAAUGUCAGAAGAGGUUUGGAGAUCCCAGAGCCAUCAGAUUACAGCAGCUGUGAAGACGAUGAUGUGACUUAUUUCACAGAUCUGCAGCAGCCUGAUGAUAAUCUACCUGAGUAUGCAAGAGUAGUCAACAAGCUGUUAAAUAACCUUGUUGACAGUGUAUGGGAAGUUAUAUCAGAGCAGGAAAAGAUCAAGAGGGAUGAAGAAGCAGCAAGACAAAUUCCUGUGCUGAAUGCUUCUAAAGACAUGAAGCUUCCAGGCAGAACUAAUAGUAUUGUGUGCUCUGAUGAUGGACUUUACCUGUUUCUGGGUCACACUCAUGGUCUGUCAGUCAUCAGUACAUCCACUCUCACCUGUGUAAGAACGUGGCAGGAUGAAAGAGUGGAGCUUACCAGCAUCUCUUGUACCUCUCUGGGAAAUGCCACACACCUCUUAUGCACAGUGGAUGACAUGGGUAUUGCACGGCUUUUUUUGCAUCACAUGGAGAAUGUUUAUUUAAUAAAAGUCAUCAAUGAAACUGAAGAUAUAAACCAAAGAAACAUCUGUGCAAAAUUUGAAGUGUCUAGAAGUGGGGACUUUGGAGCUGCAGUCAUGACAAGUAAAUUUCCUAUUAAAAUACGGAAAUGUAAUAUAAAACUAAAAAAACAUUUAACUGUGAGUACUACUGAUUCAUUAAUGCUGUUGUGGUAUAUCGUCAAUGAAGCCUGUGGCUCAGUUUGGCUGGAUGUCUAUCGCUUCCCACAAGAUGUGUGGCUCAAAGAGCUGGAAACCAAACAGGCUACACAAACCCCACAGACCACAGAAGCCAAACUGUCUCCAGUAGUCUUACUCAUGAAGAUCAAACCUCCAGAAAUCCCUGCAGGAACCUCUCUGAAAAGUCCAUCUGAGGUCCUGCAGAAGACAGAGGAAGGCACUAUAAUAGGCUCAGGCCAAAAUCACCUCAUUAGUAGUCGUCAAUGGGAACACCAGGAUGCAGCAUUUAAGAAAAUGUUCACAAAGUACCUCAGCUCCAGCUCUGUGAUGACACCACAGCAAAAAGCAGAAGGACCAAGCAACUGUACUUGUCACUUCUUACUGCGUGAGGGGUUUCAUUCAAUGCUUGGAGAAGCGAAGGCAGCUAGAGAUAUUCCCAUUGCUGUGUGCAUAUGGUGGAAUGGCAGCCAUAAUCUCUUACAGUAUCUUCUGUUGAAGACCCCUAAAGAGAAGGACAGUGAACCCAGACCAGAUGUUUUGUGGCCCAAUUCUCGGGAAAUCCUCUGCUCUGCCGUCAGUGCCUGCACACGGUUCGUUGUUCUAGGGCUUGACGGUCAGCUGGUUACUAUAUGGGACAGACGGUUUGGGUGUCCAUAUGCCAAUAUUGUGAUCCCAGGAGAUGGCGCCAUUUGUAGGAUGAAACUUCUUUUGCAGAGUCAAUUGCCGGUCACUCCGCUCUUUCAGGGUCCCUUUUUGCCCACACUACAGUUAGUGGUCACUUGCAGAAGUGGGGCAUGUUACAGUGUGACAGUGGGCAGAGGAGGAGACACAUGCACUGUUGCACUUACUGAAAGACCUGCAGGCCCAGGCAGUUCUGUCACUGUUGCUGAACCUGUGCCCUUCCUGAAGUGUCUGAUUUUGUUGAUGCAGAGAAAUGGGCAAGUAUCCAUAUGGGAAACAGAGGAUGGAGUACCAGUAUUGAUCUUAAACCUGCCUCCAACUCAUGUGCUGGGCUCACUCAGGGAACCUGUGUGUCUGCUUGAGCCAGUCCAACAAAAACUAUAUAUUACAGGUGACAGAAAAACACCUUUGGUGGAGGUGACUGAUAGGAAUAAGGAUGAGAGCUCUCUCUUCAUCUUCAGCUUUUCAGAAUGCACAUUGAUGGAUCUAUACCGUGUCACAAGUCCAGCUGUAAGUGAAAAAGAGACCAGAGCCACACUCUCAGAUUUGGAGGAGGCCUGCAACCUUUACUUUAAGGAAAGAGCUGACUCUUGGAAAGAGAGGAACAGAAAUUUGGCUUUCCAAUGGGAGCAGCUUUCGAAGCGUGAUAUUAAAUGA